GCAGCCAGGUGCUUCUGGUCUCCCAUGUGGGUGCAGGGCCCAAGCACUUGGGCCAUCCUCCACUGCACUCCAAGGCCACAGCAGAGAGCUGGACAGGAAAAGGAGCAACCGGGACAGAACCCGGCGCCCCGACCGGGACUAGAACCCGGUGUGCCGGCGCCGCAGGCGGAGGAUUAGCCUAGUGAGCCGCGGUGCCGGCCUGAGAUGAUGGCAUUGUGAACAUUCAUAGUCACGUUUGAGACCCCUUGGCUUUUCCAAGCAUCUGCCAAUACCAAGAAAUGUAUAGUUACAAUAUGUAUGAAAAAUAGGAUUUUUAGUGGAGGUGUAAUUGAAGGCCUUGCUAAUUUCCCCAGACUAAUAGACUGUAUCAAGAUAUUUGUGAUCCUGUAGUGUUUUACUGUGUUUUGUGUAAUCUAAAAUUUUUGUGUUUUAAAAUAAUGAUCUGGCUCUUUCCGCCAUCUUGGAGCCUGUGGAGGCCUGCAGGGAGCAGGACUUCUAGAAGGCAGCUAUGUCUGGAAGACUGUGGUGCAAGGCCAUUUUUGCUGGCUAUAAGCGAGGUCUCUGGAACCAAAGGGAAUACACAGCACUGCUUAAAAUUGAAGGUGUUUAUGCUCAGGAUGAAACUGAAUUCUACUUGGGCAAGAGGUGUGCUUAUGUGUACAAAGCAAAGAACAACACAGUGACUCCUGGCGGCAAACCUAACAAAACCAGAGUAAUCUGGGGAAAGGUAACUUGCGCUCACGGAAACAAUGGCAUGGUUUGUGCCAAAUUCCGAAGCAGCCUUCCUGGGAAGGCCAUUGGACACAGAAUCCGUGUGAUGCUGUACCCCUCAAGGAUUUAAACUAUUGAAAAGUAAAUAAAUAAAAGUGGAUUUGUUAAAAAAAAAUGCUCUGAACAUUUUGCCUUGAAAUUUAAGUUCAGUUACUUAGUUGCUCUGGAGACUAGUUUUUUAGUUUUCUAAAAAAUUUUAUUUAUGGGGCCGGUGCUGUGGCGUAGUGGAUAAGACUGCAGCCUGUAGUGCUAGCAUCCCAAAUGGGUACCAGUUUGAGUCCUGGCUGCUCUGCUUCCGAUCUAGCUCUGCUAGGCCUGGGAAAGCAGUAGAGAAUGGUCCAAGUCCUUGAGCCCCUGCACCUGCAAUGGGAAGCCUGGAGGAGGCUCCUGGCUCCUGGCUUCAGAGCCAGGAGUAAACCAGUGGAUGGAAGACCUCUGUCUCUACAUCUGCAUCUGCAUCUUAAAAAUUUGAGAGAGUGUGCCCUGUGCUUGUUCACUCCCUAAAUACCUGCAAUAAUUGGUCUCCCAUGUAGGGUGCAGGAACUCAGUUACCUGGGCCAUUGCUGUUGCCUCCCAGGGGUGCAUUGGCAAGAAGCAGGGAAAUCACACAGGUAUGUUGACGUGAGACAUGGAGGUUAAACAGUGAAGAAAAAGACCUCAUUUGCCAGUCAAGACUUUCCCUCUCCCCACUUCGGAAGUUCUGUAAGACAACACUUUAACUGUGGUGAUUAUCAAGUUUUCGUAAAAUAAGUAAUGUGCUAACCUUAGGAAAUUUUGAGAAAGCCAAAGCAAAGUACAUACUUCUCAAAGCAUUCUUUAUUAAAUGGUUUAUUUAACCUUUUCUAAACUUAGUGUGCUUUUACUUAUAAAAACAUCUUUGUAUACAAUUUUAAUAGUUGAAUGUUUUCCUCCCAUUUUGUUUUCAAGGCAUAAGAGAUUUUUAAAGUCAGAAUUGGAUAUAUACUGUUUGUAAAAAUUUUCAGCUCUUCCUCCCCCCCGCCCACCUCUGACAUAACAUUUGGGAUCGAAUUUCUUUUAUAAAUGUAUUUCAGUGACUGCAUGUACCAUUAAAUCCAUGUGCCAUAA